AUGACUAUGCAGCAACCAUCUCUAGCAACCCAAGAUGUACAUUUAAUGAUACGAAGAGCCAAAGUAACAAUAUUUACUGAUGUCGCUGAAACGAGCACUGUACUCGAAGUGAAAAAAGUUAUUGCUACUAUACUUAAAAUAGAUCCACUAGACGUUCAUUUAGUCUAUAAUGAUCAACCGAUGGAAGAUAUCAAACGACUUCAUGAAUGUGGAAUAUCAAGUAAAGAUGCUCGACCUCAAACUCCUGCACAAAUUGCAUUAUCAAUAAGAAACCCCGAUUCGAAUGAGUUCGAUAAAGAUGAUAUUAUCCCAUAUUCAAGUAAUACAUCAGAUAAUACUACACAAUCGUCAAUGAUUCAACAGCAAGAUUCAAGAUGA